AUGCAGUACACAACCAUCCCAGCUGGAGCCAAGCCUCCAGCAGCCUCCCUGUCCCCAGACACCCUGCGCUCCUCCGGGGGCCCCCAGCCGCCCACCCACCCGCAACUGCGACCCCAGACCUUCCCGGAGGUGGAAAAGGACUUAGAAAGACCCCGGAUUUUUAGCGUGCCACCCAAAGCUACCUGCUGGAUUGGGGAAACCGAGGGCCGCCGCCGCCUCGGCCCCGGCCCUGUCCCUGCCCGGACUCACCGCCGAGCCGCCGCCGCCUCGCCACCUCCCCAGCGCGAGUUGGCGGAAAAGUUGAGCGGCGGGCGGAUCGCGCGCAGCCGGGAGGCUCCAGCGCCGGGGGCCGCUCGGGACGCGGAGCCCGCCCCGGAUCCGGGGGCGCCGCGGCUCUUACCUCACUCGGCGCUGCGGUUCCGCCUCUGGAGGGUCCGCCGUGGCUUGUGCGGGCGGGCGGGCGCCCGCGUCCCCGGCUCCGGCCCGCCGCCCCCGGGCUCCGCUCGGGUCCUGGCGGGGCCGCGAGAGCCCCACUGCCGGCGCUCGACUCCCAGUGGCGCUCGGAGCUCGGCGCCUCCGGCCCGGGCGGGAACAAUGGAGCCGAAGCUGGUGCCCCGGAGGCGGGGCGGGGGGAGGGCUCCGGUCCGCCGCCCGGGAUUUCCAGACCCCGUAGCCCCCCUCUCCAGCACCGGGCGGCGGCCCUCACGCUUCUGGCAGCCCGGGCUCCAUAGCCCUGCCGGGGCCCCGGCGCCGCGGCUUGCCCGACUGCCGCACUGGUCCCCUGCGCCCCGCGGGGCGCCCCUCGGACCGGAGAAAAGUCCUCGGGCUCCGCCGCUCUUCCAGCUGCGGCGCGCACUGGCGGCCGGGGAAGGCGAGCUCCGGGCACAGCCCGGGCUCCUCCGCGCGCUGCGGCUGGACCAGAGUUCGGGCUCCCGCUCGCCGCCGCCGCCGCCGCGGAAGCCGCCGCACCAGUGCCCGCAGGAGCGCUCCGAGCGCUGUGCGCCGCUGCCUGCUGGGCCUUGUAGUUUCCGAGCCGCGGCCCCCGAGAAGGGGGAGCGGGCUAGCCGCCCCGCGCUCCGCUGCUCCUUUCCUGCGGUCUGGCCUCCUUUGGCGCGCGUGCCCCUCUAUCUGAGCACCGCCAGGAGCGCGCCCAAAUUUCGGGCGGUGGCCGAAUGA